UUCUAAACACUGUUGUCAUACAUAAUACAUAGUUCCUACCCACGGUCUUAGAAUUCCUAAAACCGUGCUCUUACUACAGAAUACAUUAAAUUAUUUAAAUUUAACCUAUUCUGUAAUCUGUGAGUAUUACUUUCACACUUGAUUGGGCACAGCAGCACAAGCGAGACACGUUAUCUUAAUUUUAUGGUCUAUGGUUGAUUAAAACAAUGAAAUGUUUUCUGUUUUGAGCUCUCAGCUAACCAUCAUAGAUACAUGUUCGAAAUCUGAUUAUCUCUACCAGGUUAUGGAAAUAAUAUGUCAAUGAUACAACCUUCAAACACCAUGAGUGAAAAUGAUGGAUUAAUACCUAGCUGCAGCACUUCAAAUCCUAUACCAAGCUCUAACAUAACAGAUUCAAAUCCAAAUCAUAGUAAAACAACUCAAAUUUCAAACUGCAAUACUAGUAGCUUAAAUGAUGGCUGUAGUAAUCCAGGUCCGUCUAAUGAAGAUGAAGAAUUAACACUGCCGCGCGCAUCAGUCAAUAAAAUGAUUAAAGAUGCUUUACCAAACAUACGUGUUGCGAAUGAUGUUAGAGAAAUGAUAAUGAACUGUUGCACAGAAUUUAUACAUUUAGUAUCAUCUGAAGCUAAUCAAGUAUGUAUGGCUCAACAGAAAAAAACUAUUAAUGCUGAACAUUUAUUGACUGCUCUUGACCAUUUGGGAUUUGGUGAUUAUCGAGCACAAGCAGAAGAAGUUGGUAAAGACUGUCAAUCUAAAAGAAGAAGACAAAGUACAAGACUUGAAAAUUUAGGCAUACCAGAGGAAGAAUUGUUACGACAGCAACAAGAAUUGUUUGCCAAGGCCAGAGAAGAGCAAAUGGCUCAAGAACAACAACAAUGGCAAGAACUACAAGCUGCAGCUCAACGAGCUGCUAUUAAACCUAAGACUGAAGAAAGCAGUGAUGAAGACGAUUACUCCUAAUUUAUAAUUCAACAGAAUUAUAGAGAAUUCACAUUCAUCAUCAUUAUGAAUUGAAUUUUUUUUCUUAAUUUGUUAUCAUCAGUUUGUACAUUUUUACUAGUAUCUAAUUUUCUUAUAAAUGUUUAUUUUUUAAAUUGUUACAUUUACUUUUAUGUCAAAUAAAUAACUACGUACAAUUAAAAUUAUGUAUUAUAAAUUACAUUAUUCUUACAAUAUAUAUAUUUAUAUAUAUGUAUAAAAAUCUUUGAAGUGUAGAAUUUUUUUUUAACAAAACCUAUAGACAGUAAGAACUUAAAUUUUGUACUUAUUGGAACAAUUUUGAAUUGAAAAUAGUAUUGUUUUAAUCAGUUAUUUUGUGACACAUUAUAUUAUUUUAAUAUUGUAUACUACUCGACAAAGUUAAACAGGCUCAGACUAAGGCCAUAGUGUCUAAUUUUUGUAAAUUAUAUUUUAAGUGUAGAUGAUCCUCAACUGACAUUAUAAAUUUUAUCCAUAA